ACAAAAAUUGUUGGUCCUAUACAUACAUAGUUUCCUGUAAAUCCUGUCUUUCCUCAUAGUUUUCAACCCUUUUGCCAGCUGAGGAAUUAAUGGAUUAGCUGCCAAUAUUAAUUCUUCCUGCUUUAAGAGGGGGCUAAUUGGUUUUCGCUUGGUUUGCCAUAUAUCAGAAACUUUCUAACACAUUGGGAAAAGUGGUUCCUGGGCGUUAAAUAACAAUAAUAAUAUCAAUAACGUUCCUGCUAUGUAAAGGCCUUAGAUCAAAGUGAAUGAAAAUCAGUCAAGUUCAAUUGUGAAUUCAACAAUUCUAGGAAUCCCUUAUGUAGGUUGAGAAAAACUGCAUAACCACACAGUAGAAAUUAAUUUAAGUCCCCAAUAAACAGAGAGGCUUGCCCAAUAAAACCCCAAAAACCUCUCAACAAAUUGUUAGCAUUAGUUGGUAUGUUUAAGUGUUCUAAAUAUGUGAACUGUUAUUUUAAUUAACCCCUGAAAUAAGUAUAUGACCUGUUCAACUCUUUCCCAAAUUAGGCUUCUCCAGGGCAACCAUUGAAAUGAUAAGGUGUUCCUAUAAUUAGCUAAGCUAGCUCCUUAUUUGUGGUUCCUGAUCUAAACAAGGAGACAACGGAGAUUGUCCAAGAUUGACUGAAACAUUUUGGAAAAUUAAAGUCAUGGAUUAGAAAGAUGCGGAGAGGAAUGAGGGGACAGGAAUUUGUAAGCAAGAAAAUAUAUAAAGGAGGAAGGAGCCUGUAUAGAGACGCCACAGCAGGGAUUCGAAAAGGUAAAUAAAUUCUACAAUCAUGACGAUGUUAUGGAGAGGCUUGUGUAUUCUACCUCUCCUUUUUGUCUCAGGGAACUGUCAAUUUUUGUUCCCCUUUCUCCAUCAGUUGGAUAACCCUGUAGGCAACGUCCGCAAGGUUGGUGUCUCUGCUGACAAAAUAAAGAAGAAAGGCAACGCAAAUGGUAAUGCUGCUGUGACUAAUUACAAGGGCAAGUGGGAGAUAUUUACUAAAAACUCCGGCGUCUCUGCCAUGCACUUGAUCUUACUUCCCAAGAUUGACCAGGCUUUGAUGUUUGACGCCACGGUUUGGCAGAUGUCAAAACUAAAGUUGCCUAGCCCGCCUUGCCGACACAUCGAGGGAACCAAUGAGGAAGACUGCUUUUGCCAUUCGGUUCUCUUGGACAUUGAGACAGCAAAGAUUAGGCCACUCAGGUUGAAAUAUGACACUUGGUGUUCAUCUGGUGCCCUUGAUGUAAAUGGACGGUUGGUGAGCACUGGAGGUUAUAAUAAUGGGUCAGAUACUGUCAGGAUUCUCAACUUAUGUCCUACCUGUGAUUGGCAAGAAUAUCCUGGUGCACUUGGAAAUGGAAGAUGGUAUGCAACACAGGUAACCUUAGGAGAUGGUAGAUUCAUGGUUUUUGGUGGUCGUAACUUCCCAACAUACGAAUUCGUUCCACCAGAAGGGCAACGCAAUGCCAAAAACCAAGUUUUCCCUUUCAAAUUCCUGGCAGAAACCCACGAUGCGGUGGAGAACAACUUGUACCCUUUUGUCUAUCUCUCAACUGAUGGAAACCUCUUCAUCUUUGCCAACAACCGUUCCAUUCUGCUCAAUCCAAACACGCAGCAAAUCAUCCACGAGUUCCCAGUUCUCCCAGGCGGUGCCCGCAACUAUCCAGCGUCGGGAAGUUCUUGUCUCCUCCCGAUUACACUUCAACCUGACGAAACACGUAAACUCAUCCCUGCUGAGGUCUUGAUAUGUGGCGGUGCAUCACACGAGGCAUUUGCACUGGCAGAUUUAAAGCGCCCGAAAACGUUUCUCCCAGCCAACAAAGACUGUGCCCGCAUAGAUAUCACCAAGAGGAAUGGAAAAUGGAAGAUCUCAACUAUGCCAUCUGCUCGUCUUAUGGGAGACGCCGUUGUUCUUCCAACAGGAGAUGUGCUUCUCAUCAACGGUGCCCAGAGUGGUUCUGCAGGAUGGGACGAUGCAAGGGACCCAAAUUUCACCCCUGUCUUGUAUCGUGUGAGGGGAGGAGGUGGUUCCAAGUUUACAGAGCUUAAACCUUCACAAAUUCCCCGUAUGUACCACUCAUCGUUCGCACUUCUUCCUGAUGGAAAAAUCCUCAUAGCUGGUAGCAACUCAAACGCGGGAUACGUAGAAAACUCUCUCUUCCCCACUGAGGUCCGUGUAGAAAAAUUCUCGCCACAUUACUUUGAUCCAAUGUUGAAAAAGUUUAGGGCAGAGAUCAUACUUGAAAAGUCCGCCAAUCAGAUAAAUUAUGGAAAGAGAUUCGUGGUGCAAAUACGUGAUGCUGAUAAGGCCCUGGAUGAGCAGAAUCUCCAAGUAAAUAUUUACUAUCCGGCUUUUACAACACAUGGUAUCUCCAUGAAUCAGAGGCUGGUUCAAUUGGGAAUUGUUCAAGUGAUCAAAAACGUUGCCCCAAGAACCCACAACAUCGUUCUUCAAGCUCCCAUCCACAGCAACAUUGCUCCUCCUGGUUAUUACAUGCUCUUCGUGAAUUUUAAUGGGGUGCCUUGCCGCCGUGCCAUGUGGGUUCAGCUGCUCCCGUAGGUCACAUUCUCAUCGUUUCAAGCUCCAGUUUACCGAAGAUUUCAACAAAAGAAAUAGGCUGAUGAAGAAUGGAACGCCUCACCAACUAAUUUACUACUCUAAAUUUAUUGAUUUUAUGUAAAUUAUGAGUCGUAAGUUGUCCACAUUUUGUUAUAGCCAAGUGUAGUACAGGUUGUUGAAAUCAUAUA